AAAAGCUUAUUCAAUCCUAUUCUUUAUCAGAAGGUUCUGUCUGCUACAUUAUGUGUAGAACAUUCAUCUGGUUUUUCGGGAUUUAAGAGCAGCCCUUUCUGUCUAGUACAAUGACAGAUCAAAACUUGGGUGCAAAAGGGAAAAUGAUUGUCUUCUAAUCUAUAAGAUGCAUAUGAAGAGACAACUAAUAAAGUCAGAGUACCAAUUAAAACAUCACCAAAUUUUUACCAAACAAGACAUUGGAUCCUUUAACAGAAGAAACAGAUCACUACUGAGCAAAAGUCGCUGUCAACCUUCAACAAUAAAGUUUGGAAAUUUUUCUGCUUGUUUAGUUAUAUUUUGAAAUUUUUUUAGCAAAAGGGGUUGACAAAAAGAAAAUGGCAAGAUGAAAUUGAGGGGCUUCCGUUUGACUUGCGUGUGUUUGACUAUAUGCGAGUGUGUGCUUUGCUGUAAGAUGGGGUCCUCAGAAGCUGUAGAUGGCUGCCUUGAAUCUCAAUAAAAGGUUCAUCUGGUUCAAUCAGAAGGUUCCUUCUGCCACGUUAUCUGUAGAACAUUCAUCUGGUUUCGGGAUUUAAGAGCAGCCCUUUUGUCUUGUACAAUGACAGAUCAAAACUCGGGUGCAAAAUGGAAAAUGAUUGUCUUCUGAUCUAUAAGAUGCAUAUGAAGAGACAACUAGUAAAGACAGAGUACCAAUUAAAACACAACCAAAUUUUUACCAAACAAGACAUUGGAUCCUUUAACAGAAGAAACAGAUCACUACUGAGCGAAAGUUGCUGUCAACCCUCAACAAUAAAGUUAGGAAAUUUUUCGGUUUGUUUAGUUAUAUUUUGAAAUUUUUUUAGCGAAAGGGUUUGACAAAAAGAAAAUGGCGAGAUGAAAUUGAGGGGCUUCCAUUUGACUUGUGUGUGUUUGACUAUACGCAAGUUUGUGUUUUGCUGUAUAAUGGGGUCCUCAGAAGCUGUGGAUGGCUGCCUUGAAUCUCAAUAAAAGGGCGUGUCUCUCAUAUUCCACCAUGUCGCUUCCAAAGUCUCAUUUAGAAGAGAGAAAGCUAUUAGUACUCCACAAAGGUUGUCUCAUGUGCAGAACAAAAACAUAAAGACUUGAGAGAGAGAGAGAGAGAGAGAGAGAGAGAGAGAGAGAGAGAGAUGGGCAGGGCUCCAUGCUGUGACAAGGCAAAUGUGAAGAAGGGUCCAUGGUCACCAGAGGAAGAUGCUAAACUUAGAGACUACAUACAGAAGAAUGGCACUGGUGGAAAUUGGAUUGCUCUUCCUCAGAAGGCUGAUCUCAAGAGAUGUGGAAAGAGCUGUAGGCUUAGAUGGCUUAAUUAUCUCAGGCCCAACAUUAAACAUGGUGAAUUUUCCAUUGACGAAGACAGAGUUAUUUGCACCCUUUAUGCUACAAUUGGGAGCAGGUGGUCAAUAAUAGCUGCUCAGCUACCGGGUAGAACCGACAACGACAUCAAGAACUACUGGAACACCAAGCUCAAGAAGAAGCUCAUGGGUGUGAUUCCUCAAUUCAACCAGAGAAAAGCCCCACCGCCAUUCCCAGAUUCAUACCAGAACUCCUCACUAUCUGUAUCUUCUCAGAUGCUUCCACCAUUGUCCUUAGACAGCAGUUCGCAGUACUACACUUGCAGUUUAAACAAGCAAUUCGCAAGUCAUGAAUUCGCCUCAUUGCCACAGUACCUCUUGACAAAUGACCACAAUUCCUUGGGAAACCCAAACAAUUGCUCAUCUUUUCAAGCCCAGGAAGGUUAUUAUAGUCCACUGAAAGAGAGCAACAACUUCAUGUCUGGGGGCGAAGGAAGUUGCAGUUGUUCUGAUGGCAGCAGCGGUGGUCAGAUUGGCCGAGCAAGAGAGAUCAUCAAGCAAGAAGACAUGGGGUUUCAAAAUUAUAUUACCUAUAGUGACUAUGCCUACCAAUGUGUCGGAAAGACGGAUGGCUAUUUCAGUGAAAAUAUUGCUGAGAGCUAUGAUUUGGAAGAUGUCAAGAAACUGAUAGGCAGUACUAGUUUAAGCUGCAACAGCUCCAUCUUAGAUGUAAACAAGGAAGAACUGCAUCUCAUGCCGAUGUACUAUUUCUGAUUCGCUGACUAUAAAUAAGAUCAUAUAUAUAGAAAUAUCUAUUGUAGAAA